UGCACAGUAAACAGUUUCAGAUUUUAUCGUGUGUGUGCAAUUCGUGGAAGAAAAUUCUUCGAAAUUACCAAACAAAUAUUCAAAAACCAUAAAUCGAAAACGGCAAACAAAUAUCUAGUGAAAUACCGACUAAAGUUGUGAAAUUGAAUAAAAAUGUGAAAAUUUGUGUAUUUGUGCUCGCUACCCGAAGACUCUGGCUAUACACACACUCGUAUACAGUGUAUACACACACAUAUACACACAUACACGUAGACAAAAUACUACUACAAAAAACGAAAGAGAAGAAGAAGAAAGAACCCUCCCUCACACAGAAAACGACGAAAUCACUUUUUUUGGGAACAGUGCGCGGCAAAGCGACCCAAAUAAAGAAAGCGAACUGCCAAGCAAAGCAAAUUAAAGAGAAGUACUCACAGCAACAUACACACGCACACGAGCACACACACACACAUAUAGAAGUAGAAGUAGUGGGAGUGAAAGAGUCGAUUAAUUAAGUAUUCGGAUCAUGGACGAUGCCAACAUACAGGACAAGGAGCGCUUUGCUAGUCGCGAGAAUCACUGUGAGAUUGAGAGACGACGUCGCAACAAGAUGACUGCCUACAUAACGGAACUAUCGGACAUGGUGCCCACAUGCAGCGCCUUGGCCCGCAAACCGGACAAGUUGACCAUACUCCGGAUGGCUGUGGCCCACAUGAAGGCGCUUCGUGGCACUGGCAAUACGAGCAGUGAUGGCACCUACAAGCCCAGCUUUCUAACCGAUCAGGAACUGAAGCAUUUAAUUCUAGAAGCAGCCGACGGAUUUCUCUAUGUUGUCUCGUGCGAUUCGGGUCGUGUGAUUUACGUGUCGGAUUCGGUGACGCCAGUGUUGAAUUAUACGCAGAGCGAUUGGUAUGGCACCAGUUUGUAUGAGCACAUCCAUCCGGAUGAUAGGGAUAAGAUCAGGGAGCAGCUGUCCACGCAGGAGUCACAGAAUGCUGGUCGCAUCUUGGAUUUGAAGUCGGGCACGGUAAAAAAGGAGGGUCAUCAGUCGAGCAUGCGUCUCAGCAUGGGCGCCCGUCGUGGUUUCAUCUGCCGGAUGCGUGUCGGCAACGUUAAUCCCGAUGCCAUGGUCUCUGGCCAUUUGAAUCGCCUGAAGCAGCGCAAUUCAUUGGGUCCAUCGAGAGAUGGCUCCAACUAUGCCGUCGUCCAUUGCACCGGGUAUAUUAAGAACUGGCCACCAACGGAUAUGUUUCCCAAUGUGCACAUGGAUCGCGACGUGGAUGACAUGGCCUCCCAUUGCUGCCUGGUGGCAAUUGGCCGACUCCAGGUCACCUCGACGGCAGCCAACGAUAUGAGCGGAAGCAAUAAUCAGAGCGAGUUCAUCACACGACACGCUUUCGAUGGCAAAUUCACGUUCGUCGAUCAACGGGUGCUCCACAUCCUGGGCUAUACACCGACGGAGCUGCUCGGCAAGAUAUGCUACGAUUUCUUCCAUCCCGAGGAUCAGAGCCACAUGAAGGAGAGCUUCGAUCAGGUGCUCAAGCAGAAGGGACAAAUGUUUUCGCUUCUGUAUCGCGUUCGCGCCAAGAACUCGGAAUAUGUUUGGUUGCGCACCCAGGCGUAUGCCUUCCUCAAUCCCUACACGGACGAGGUGGAGUACAUCGUCUGCACGAAUAGCUCCGGCAAGACACUCCACGGUGCCACACCCGAACAGCAGCAGCAACAGCAGACGGAACAGCAGCAACAACAGCAGCAGCAGCAGCAACAACAUGUCUAUGUCCAGGCGCCGGGUGUGGAUUAUACGCUGCAGCCGCCGAGGCGAGAGAUUACCCCAACCGGCGGCGAUGGCGGCAUCUAUCAGCUGCACAUGCAGGCGCCGCCGCCGCCGCCACGUCCCGCUUCGCCGGUGGGCUACAGCUACGAUGCCACACAUUCGCCGUAUGGCGCUGCGGCACCGUCGCCCCUGGCCAAAAUACCCAAAUCGGGCAGUUCACCCACGCCAAAUGCUUGGGGCGUGGCACUGCGUCCGACGCCGCAGCAGCAACAGCAGCCACAACAACAACAACAGCAGCAGCCAACGGGUCCAACCGAGGCCUAUCCAGCCUAUCAGCAAAGCAGUCCUGCCCGCUCGCCGAGCGGACCAACCUACACCCAGCUGAGUGCGGGCAGCAACCAACAACAACAGCAGCAGCAACGCCAACAGGCUGCUGCUUAUCAGGCGGCGCCAGCUGCCACACCUUGGGGCGACUGGCAGAAUGCUGGUGCCACACAUCCGGCUCAUCCGCAUCCGCACCCCCACCCACAUCCGCAUCCGCAUGCAGCAGCACAUCAUCCGCAUCCGCACGGCGCUGGCGGGGCACAACAGCCGCAGGAGUUCUCCGAAAUGCUCCAAAUGCUCGAUCACAGCGGCACAGCAACAUUCGAGGAUCUGAACAUAAAUAUGUUUAGCACACAAUUUGAGUAAUUGCAAAUUGCUCUCAAUUGCAACAACUUCACUCACAUUCUCCCUCUCUCUCUCUCUGUCUCUCCCCCUCCCACCCACUCAGUCUUGACUCUCGGUUAGAGAUGAGCGCGUGUCACACGAAAAGCAGCAAAAUGUCACACUUUUAGUAGACUUGCAUAAAUUAAGUUUAAAAGCAAACCUAAUUUACAUUAAUUUGUUUCUCAGUCUUAUUUAAACAUUAAAUAUUUGUAUUUAUUUUAUA